UCAUGUUAUUCGAGUAUGGCCUAGUGGUUAGUGCGAUCGGUUUGCAAUUGGCGGGUCGAAAGUUCAAAUUCCAUCACCAAACAUGCUCGACCUUUCGUUAUAAAGACUUGUAUAGCCUCACGUUUAUUUGAUAAAAAGAGGAGCCAAAGCUUUAGCAAUGAGUGGUGUUGACUAGAUCAUAGAUGACUUUCUAUCACUCCUAAAUUAAGGACGGCUAGAGUAGCUUUGCGCGAAAUAUAUUAUUUGAAUAUUGCUCUUUCAGUAUUUCAAUCUUAGUAAUUUGAUGUUAUUCAUUUUAUUAUAUACGUCAUUGAAAAUAAAUAUUCUUCACCUGAAAGUAAAUUUUUACGAUUGCAGUUGUUAAAUUGGGCCGGAAUAGAGUUCCGCCCCUUUCUUUUUUUCAGAUCAUUAACGGUCCUCGUCGUCUGAUUGAAAGAAAAAGUGGCGUUAGUAGUCAGAAAGUAACCCAAGGGAAAUUUUAAGGCGUGCUUAGUUCUGAUAUAACUAAUAUAAGUCUCUCGCUGCUGUAAGGCGAGUUGCGACUGAAAGCUCAUUGGGAAAUGUAUCAUGUAGAUGUGAUUACAAUUCACAUUGAUCUCUGGAUUCUUACGAAGUAACACAGACAGAAUCCAAUUAUUUUCGAACCUGAAAUAAGUAUCAACAACAUAAAAGGUAUAAGUGGCUCUUUCUAUAUCAUGGGAUGGGAGCUGCAAGUGUUAAGAAUGAAGACAUGAAAAGUGGUGGUGAAAAUGGGCCCAACUGCUUUCUAUCAUUUGGCAAGUUCACAAAAAACCAGUUUUUCAGUAGGAAGUGGUUAAUUUGAGGUUAUUGACAGAAACUGCGUAAUUAUUUAUGCUGCUUGGCCUUGACUUUUAAGGUAAAUUUACUUGAAAUGCAAAGUUUUAAACAAAGAAAACAAUGCUCCUGGCCAGAGAAAGUUGGCAUCAUUGACAUGGAGGUAUACUUCCCUUCUUUAUAUGUUGACCAGGAAGAGUUAGAAGUACAUGAUUGUGUCUCUCGUGGGAAAUACACAAUUGGUCUUGGUCAAUCCCAGAUGGGCUUUUGUUCUGACAGAGAAGAUGUGAACUCGCUUUGUUUGACUGUAGUCCAGAGACUUGUGGAUCGGACUAAAGUUGGUUAUAAGCAUAUUGGCCGCCUAGAGGUUGGCACAGAAACAAUUAUUGACAAGUCUAAAAGUGUGAAGUCUGUACUGAUGCAACUGUUUAAAGAUUCUGGAAAUACAGACAUUGAGGGAGUGGAUACCACAAAUGCCUGUUAUGGAGGAACAGCUGCUCUUUUUAACUCUCUAUCAUGGGUUGAGUCUAGUGCAUGGGAUGGUCGUUAUGCUGUUGUUGUUGCUGCUGAUAUUGCAGUAUAUGCUAGUGGUAAUGCUCGUCCAACAGGAGGUGCUGGGGCUAUUGCCAUGCUUGUGGGACCAGGUGCUGCUUUAACUUUUGAACGAGGAAUGCGAGCUACACACAUGGCUCAUGUGUAUGACUUCUAUAAACCUGACUUGCUCUCAGAGUUUCCAAGAGUUGAUGGAAAAUUAGCCAUCCAGUGUUACUUUCAAGCUUUAGAUCAGUGUUACCAAUUAUUUUGUAGAAAGGCUCAAGCUUUGGGAAAAACAGGUAAUUGGAAAGAGUUCACUAUUGAUGAUCUAGACAUCAUUCUGUUUCAUGCUCCUUACUGUAAACUAGUGAAGAAAGCUCUUGCAAGGCUUGUUCUCAAUGAUUUUGUAAGAAAUGUUGAUAGUGAAAAGUACAAAACCAUGGAAACAUUCAGUCAUCUGAAACUUCAAGAAACAUAUUUUAAUAAAGACGUAGAGAGAGCUUUUGUGGAGUUCAGUAAGCCCUUGUUUGAGAAGAAAACCCAGCCUGGCCUUCUGCUUGCCAAUCGUGUGGGGAAUAUGUAUACACCAUGUCUGUAUGGAUGUUUGGCUUCAUAUAUAGUCAGAUCUUCCAUCAGUGAUUUACUUGGAAAGCGAGUAGGCAUGUUCUCAUAUGGGUCAGGCUUAGCCUCUAGCAUGUUUUCCAUCAUAGUCACUACUGAUGCCAAAUUGUUGGAGAGCUUACAUACAGCUUUGAAGGACCAGCUGAACUAUUUAGAAUUAAGAAAGAAAGUUAGUCCUACAGAAUUUACAUCCAUUUUAAAGCUUCGAGAACAGACUCAUCAUCAAGCUCCUUACAGUCCUGUUGGUAAAGUGGAAGACCUGUUUCCCGGAGUAUGGUACCUUGCCUAUGUGGAUAGCAUGCACCGAAGACAAUAUGAAUAUGAACAACCAGACCCAGUAAAUGGAACUCCCAGACAGCAUAAACGUACAAUGCCAAAGGAAAACCUCAUUGAACCAGCAUCUAAGAUUCAGGGACAUGGAGAGAAUGGCUGCAGUCACUCUGUGAAGAGAACAGUAACCACACCCACAUCUCUGGUUGUAGCAGACACUAUCACUUCUUAGUGGUACCAGGUGUAUAGUGAAAGGUACUACUACCUGUCUUCCAUACUUGUGAUGAUGAACUGUUUGAUGUGAGACACUGAUGUUGUCUGUUCUUCUGCUUUUGAAGUGACUUUUAACUAUUUUAACUGUUUCUUUUUAAGAGAGAGAAAUAAAAUCAGCAAUUCAUUCAUGGAUGUUAUUUAGGUAACUUGGAACAAUCAUGUUUUGUGAACCAUUAUAAUGUAAUUAUUGCCUUAGGUUUCAUUUGUAUAGAUCUGUAUUUUUCAACCUUGUUGAAUAAGUAGAAACUUACAAGAAUAUUAUUUUCAAUACUGCAUGUUUAAUAUAUUGAACUAGUUCUUUUUUUAUUUGAAGAUAAAUUUUAAUAUAAACUUUUCUAAGUUGCUUUUGAACAAGUUUAGUAGUUUUUCCUAGAAAAUAGAAAACUAAAACCAUUUUUGAGUAUUGUUAGAUUUUUACAGAAUAUUCUUGUGAAUUAUUAUGUGUUGCUACUUUUUAUUUUGCUUAAUUUUGUGUAAUAUAAACUUAGUAAAAAUCAUAGUAACUACUGUUUACAAUGAUCAUAGUAACUACUAUAUGAUAUGCAUUUGUUGCAAAUAGUUACAGGACAGAAAACUUUAAAAUUUACCACAGUACUUCUGGUAUACAUGUGUAAAAAUGAGAUAAAUUUGCUGCCAUUUUACUAAAAUUAUCUGUAAAUGUAAAGAACCAAUAUCUUCACCUGUGCCUUCAUGAUUUAAAUCACUGUUCCAAAAUUUUUGUCAUUCCCUUGCGGCUAAUCAGUUUUUCAUUACUACAUGGAAACGGUGUUGGUUGUAAAACUCAAGUUUUUUGUUCAUGAAUUCAUACCAUGGUAUUAGUUUUCUGUAUUUUUCUUUAUUAUAUGUGUACUUACACAGGUAACUUUGAUCUUAGAACAUUUUUUUUGUAUUAUCUACUUGUUUUUAAAUAAAGCAAGUGCUUCUUUGUUUCUUCAUAUUUAACCUAUAUCAGUUAAUAAUAUUGUUUAUAUUUUAUUGUUUUCAAAAUCUAAAUUAAAUGCAUAAUGGUAUACUGCUAUGCUUUAACAAUAUGACCAAAGAAAUUCCUUUAUUACUCCUUUAAUAUCUAAAUAUCUACUUAAUAUAUGCAUUUAAUAAAUUAAGACAUUUUUUAAUAUAUAUUUUAAUAUGCUUUAUACAUAUUUCACUAUUAGUUAUUAUUGCCUAAAUCUUGAGAUUACAUGUUUUUACUUUGAGAUUAAUAAAUAUUUUGACUUAUGUUUAUCUGUUUAUUUCAUUUUUUAAAUUUAAUAUUAUUUUGAUAUUCUACUGUAAUUGUAAUACAUAAUGUUUCGUGGAAAUAUUUUGAAGUGGGUUAUAUAUUUGACAAACAAACCUAUUUUGGAUUAUUUCUAAUAUUAACCAAACAAUUAAAUAUAAUCAGCUUAUCUGCUAAAAAAUGAUAUCUCGGUCUUUUUCACACAGCUGAGAUUUAUAAGAUUGUUCUGUAACCUGAGAUAUUACCAUAUAUGUCAUAUAUGGUAAAAUGAGAAGCUAUUAAUUAAAGAAUGAUUUUGACAGACUUACCGUAUUUUUCGGUGUAUAAGAUGCACUUUUUUUACCCCAAAACUUGAUGUCAAAAUCUGCUUGCGCCCUAUACACCGAA